AUGGAGAAGAGCGGCCAGCGCUGGCUGCCUCGCCUCCUCCUGCUCGCCGCCAUGUCGGUCACGCCAUGGCUCCUCAUCGUCUACUGCCACCGCUCCGUCUUCAACGCGCCGCCGGUCGGCUCGCCGCACCCGCCGUCCCAGCUGCAUUUCCACUCCCUGCAAGAGGCGCAGCUCAAGAAGCUCCCGACCGCCACCUCCUCACGCGCGCUCUCCGCCGCGGCAGGGGGCGGCGACACGCACCGGCGCAGCAACGUCGUCGUCGACGCCAACGCCAGCGACCCCUGCCGUGGACGGUACCUCUACAUCCACGACCUGCCCCCGCGUUUCAACGCCGACAUCCUCGCCAACUGCCGCCACUGGUACCAGUGGAUCGACAUGUGCCAGUACCUCGCCAACGCCGGCCUCGGCGCGCCCCUGGACAACGCGGACGGCGCCUUCGCUGACCGGGGCUGGUACGCCACCGACCACUUCGGCCUCGACGUCAUCUUCCACAGCCGCGUCCGGCAGUACGCCUGCCUCACCAACGACUCCGCCCGCGCCGCCGCCGUCUUCGUGCCCUACUACGCCGGCUUCGACGUCGUGCAGCACCUGUGGAGCAACAACGCCACCGCCAAGGACGGCACGCCGCUCGCGCUCGCAGAUUGGCUGACGCGGCGGCCCGAGUGGCGCGCCAUGGGUGGGCGGGACCACUUCGUCAUGUCCGGGAGGACGGCGUGGGACCACCAGAGGCAGACGGACAGCGACUCCGAGUGGGGCAACAAGCUGCUCCGUUUACCCGCGGUGCAGAACAUGACGGUGCUCUUCGUCGAGAAGGCGCCGUGGACGGACUUCGACUUCGCCGUGCCAUACCCGACCUAUUUCCACCCGGCCAAGGACGCAGACAUCCUCCAAUGGCAGCAGAGAAUGCGCGGCAUGAAGCGUGACUGGCUCUUCGCCUUCGCCGGCGGCGAGCGCCCCGGCGACCCGACCUCCAUCCGGCACAACCUCAUCAGGGAGUGCAACGCUUCCAGCUCUUGCAACCUUGUCCAGUGCCGGAAGGGAGAGAAGCGCUGCCUUGUCCCCAGCACCUUCAUGCGCGUGUUCCAGACGGCGCGCUUCUGCCUGCAGCCGCCGGGCGACACGUACACGCGGCGGUCGGUGUUCGACGCCAUCCUCGCCGGCUGCGUGCCGGUGUUCUUCCACCUGGACUCCGCGUACAGGCAGUACCGGUGGCACCUCCCCGACGACCACGCCUCCUACUCCGUGUUCAUCUCCGAGGAGGACAUCCGGAGCGGCAACGCCAGCAGCGUGGAGGAGACGUUGCGGAGGAUCCCGCAAAAGGUGGCGGAGCAGAUGACAGAGACGGUGAUCGGGCUGAUACCCAGGCUGGUGUACGCGGACCCGAGGUCGAAGCUGGAGACGCUCAAGGACGCCGUGGAUUUCACGGUGGAGGCCGUCAUCAAGAGGGUCAACAAGCUGAGGAAGGAGAUGGGUGAUCAUGGGGCGUCGCCCGCGCGAGGGGACGUGCUCAUACAAACGGCGGCGAAGGCGUCUAGGAAAGUUAGGUCCGAUAAUUAG